AUGGCGUCCACUAACCUUCCGCCGAUCAUGCUAGACCACCUCUACUCCAUGGAUGACGAUCUUAAAACAGAAGGGCCGCUCCUGUUGCUUAAAGAUGCCCGUAAAAAUCCCGUUGUUAGUGAUGAGCCAUCCCCUGAGAUUGCUCCUGGGGAAUUUACCCCUACCCUUGAAGAUGUGGCGAAUAUCUCUCGCCUUCCUGUCUGUGGCGACCGUAGUCCUUUCGGCAUCGCCCUCACUCCAGAAGAAAUAGAUAGCCUUGCAGUCUUGCGAAGAGGCGCUCCCACCUCUCCCAGCACUUCACUCCGGUUUAGCAACUGGAUACAAUAUUUUGGGGACGCAAACAGACAGAGUCCCUGCCGGUUGGCUGCCUUUAUAGCUCUGUGGCUUGGGCGGUUCGUGCUCUGUGACUUUUCUCAGGAUUGCCUUCAUGAGCGUGUAUUUCCUUUGGCUUUGGCCAUAGCCCGAGGCGAUACGAUCCCCUUAGCCCCCAUGUUCCUGGGACAUCUAUACCAUCUUCUUAAUCGAACCCAGCUUCUGGAAAAGAGUGCAUCAGGAACCAUGGGUGUGGAGACCCUCCUAAAUUUUGGUUUCUUGCAGGUGUUCUUGUGGGAGCGUCUCAAAGGGUUGGAUGUGUAUUCACUCCCUCACUCGCACGCUAUAAAGUUGGCUGACUGGGGCAAUGGUUCCUUUAUGCCAAACAAUCUUCCAUUAGUUUGCAGGUGGUUCAAGAGAAUGCAGAGGAAAGGCCAGAAUUUCUUAAAGCUGCUAGACAAUGUCGAGAAUUUUGUCUUUCGCCCUUACGGCACCUCAGCAGAGACCUUCACUUUCGUGCCCUUCUAUACUGACGCCAGUGAUACGGUUGAGGUUCCAGCAACCGUGUCGCAGAGUAACCAGUUUCGGAGGCAUGCUUUGUUGAAUUUUGCUCCCAUCCUCUUACCUACUCUUGGAGACCACUGUGCAGAGGUUUCCGUGACCUACUCUCCACACCGAGUCAGGAGGCAGUUCGGGCUUGACCAAGGGGUACCCAGCAGUCCUAACCAUGAUGACCCUUUUGCUUUACACAGGAUCUUCUGGAGCAAUGACCACAUACCAGCCAGUUGCAGGCCCCUCGUUCUAGCAAGCAAGGCGAGGGUUGGUGGCUUCUCUAGAGGCUACCAAGCCUACUGGAACCGCUGUCUCUCUUCCUUCCGUGAGUUCCAAUCCUUUCCCGGGGACAGACUGCCUCCUACAACGGCUCGUCUUGUGGGUUUGGUUUCGGAAGAGAAAGCCAUCCCUCUUAGCCAGAAACGCAACUUGCCCUUCAUUUCCAAGAGUGGUGACAUCGUUGGAGAAUUUCCUAAGAUGAAGCCAAAGCCGGGGGCACAGAGUCCUGGCGGCUCCAGAAAAAGUGCAACGCCAAUGUCAGGCAAAAGGAAGCGAGAGGAGGAGCGAAAUGUGAGUGAGAAGCAGACUGCCGGUAAACCCAAAGGUUCAUUCCGAAGCCGGGGUCGUGCUGGCAAGAUGCUGGAAACUACCCCUCUCCGCCGGAAAAUGGGUACAACCCCGAAGAGAAAGAGAAGUGGCACACCCCCGGUAUCUCCUCAGGUGACCCCUAAACGUCGAAGCGUGCGCAUUCUACAUGCAAGAUUUUCUGGAACACGCACCAGGACUGUUGAAGCUGCCGGAACCCCAACUGUAGUGACAGUUGACGAUGAUAGUGAUGAUAGUGACACCACCGAAUCCGAGGCUAAUGUUCCAGAGCAAGAGAACGUUGACGAUGCCAGUGAAGAUUCUGACAGGGACUCCAACGUGGGUUGCAAUGAGGAUGCAUUUGCUUAUUCCAGCGACUAUCCAGGAGGACAAGGUGGUUCAGAUGUUAUUGACAUUGCUGAGGACCCAAACCCUGCUUCAGCCAUUGCUGAUCCUGCCCGGACCCCCCUUGAGGCUGAGCGUCUUGCUUCAAAUUUAGAAAUUGUGCCCGUAGUACCUUCUCCCUUCAACACAUUCGAUACAUUGGUUGAGGCAGCCCUCGCAGGAUCUUCUCCAACCAUGACACCGACGGAUUCUCGGGAUGAAAUGUCUACGCUACAAGUUACAAGCCCUUUACCACCUAUCUUCCAGCAUUUUCUCCAGAAAGACCUUGAUCCUGCCAUUUCACCAGCCUUUCUAGCAGCCUUUCGGAGCAACACCUUUGUCGUCCAUACAACCCUGCCCGUUCCAUCUCACGUUCAACCACUUCUCCGGGCGACAGGGCCUAGUCCCCUAGCACUUCUUCCAGCGGUUCAAUGUGACAAAGCGAGCACUGCUGAAAACGCCCAGGCUAUCAUUACCGUCGCCGGGAAUGCUGCUGCAGAACACCCUCGCAGCAUGUCUUGGCUGGAGUGGGAGGAAUCAUUUACUAACUUCAUGGCUUUCUUUGACAACAGCGCUCAGGUCCUUCGAUCUGCAGAUGAACUCCUGCCGCUCUACCAUCGGUUUAGUGGUUACGCACUUUUCCGAGGAAUUCUUGUUUAUCCCGAGACAGUCGCGGCUUUGAAGAAAUUUCUGGACAAGUACGGGGAUUUCAUGGACAUGACUGGUAUUACUUCUUCAUUCUCGCGAUGCGCUGCUUUUCGGACUCUUGGCUUGGUGCUCCAUGGGAUGGAUACCGUGCAGCUGCUGGACAUUACUGAUCACAGGCUCCUUUGCUGGCGGGAUGCAGUUUGCGAGGCUAUGACUCUGGGCUUUCGAGCAGAGUCUCUUCUGAACCUGGUGAAGGGUUUGGCACGUGCUGCAUUUGGGGCACGGGCUGUUCAUAACAUGAAGUCAAAUCCCGGCCCUGAUGAAAUAAGGGCAGUAGCAGAGGCUUUGGUCUUCAAGCAGCAUGAACUGGAAAACCAGCGCAGGGAAUUGCAUGGCCUCCUUUCUGCCCAAGGUGUCUCUUCCGACAGUGCUGACUACGUGAUGGAGGCAGUGACAAGAGCUUCUCACGGGGCCUCCUCCGUUCCUUUCUAG